GGGGCGGGGCCGAGUGUCCGUCCCCCCGCCUGUCCCGGUCCCGGUCCCCGUCCCCGAGCGCGGCCACUUCAACGCAUUGGUCACUUGGACGGGUUCCUUGGAGGCGGUGGGACCGAGUCCCGACGGCCGGACCCGGCAGAGCAGGGACCAUGGAUUCGUUCAGCACCAAGAACCUGGCACUGGAGGCGCAGAAGAAGGUCCUGAGCAAGAUGGCCUCGAAGGGGCUGGCCACCGCCUUCCUGGACGAGGCGAGCAGCGAGGUGCUGGACGAGCUGUACCGCGCCACCAAGGAGUUCACGCGCAGUCGGCGCGAGGCGCAGCGGCUGGUGAAGAACCUGGUGAAGGUGGCGCUGAAGCUGGCGCUGCUGGUGCGCGCCGGGCAGCUGCGCCACGCCGAGCUGGACGCCCUGCGCGCCUUCCGCGGCCGCGCGCGCCGCCUGGCCAUGACGGCCGUCAGCUUCCACCAGGUGGCCUUCACCUUCGACCGCCGCGUGCUGGCCGCCGGCCUGCGGGAGUGCGGGGACCUGCUGCAGCAGGCGGCCGGGCCGCACCUCACCGCCAAGUCGCACGGCCGCAUCCAGCACGUGUGCGCCCGCCUGGCCGACGCCGACUUCCUGGGCGCGCUGUACGGCCCGGCCGAGCCCUACCGCAGCCACCUGCGCCGCAUCUGCGACGGGCUGGCCCGGAUGCUGGACGCCGGCAGCCUCUGAGCAGCCCGGGCCGCCCCCCGGGGCCGCCGGCCGGAUCCCCGCGCCCCCCGCCCCGCCCGACCACGCGGCCACAGGCCCGUGCGCGCAAAGGCGCACGCGCGACGCAUCAGCCCCGUUGGCCCCAGCCCAAACCGCUGCCUGCGCCCCGCCGGAGCCAGGGCGGUGAGGGCGCCCCGGCUGCGCCCCGCAAACGGCCUCGGCCCUCGGCUGGACUCUGGUGAAGCAGGAGGGCACGGUCGCCGAGCCCGCGGGCGCCCCUCUUCUCGGCGGAAGCCCUCACCCACGGCCCUCCGAGGGUGGCUUUGGUUUUUUUGCUGGGGGAGGCGGGGUCAGCCAGACGGACAGCCGGGCCUCGGACAAGGGCAGAAAUUCGGGGUGCUCACCACCCUUCACCCCUGUACAAUCAGAAUAAACACUUUGGGGGCUGCGGGGAUGGCUCAAGGGGAGGCCGGCCCUGUAGGCGGGAGCCCCCCCACACCCAAGACUGCCGACUGUGCCCAUUGUGGCCCCCAUAAGUCACAAAAAUUCGCCAAAUGAAACUGGGAAGCGGGAGCAGAGAUAAGACCGUGCAUUUGCCUUGCAUGUGCCUGACCCAGGUUGAUCCUUGGCACCCACAGGGUCCCCUGAGCCCACCAGGAGUGACCCCUGAGUUCCAAGCUACAAGCCUGGUUGGGGCCCAAACCACAUGCUCAAAAAAAAAAAAAAGGGUCUGCACCCGGCCCCCUGCACUGCUGGGUUGGGUCUGGGUGCUGUAGAGGGGCCCAACAGGUGGUCAGCGGACAUCUGAGCUCUCGCUCCGGCUUGGUCAGGACCCAGGGGCACAGGUGCCUGCUGAGGAGUCUGGGGGUGCAGGGGCAGCUCCCCCAGGAAUCUCACCCUUCGCCCAACACUGCAUUUCUCAGCACGUGCCCUUUGUGACGCGGCGCCUGAGGACACAUGGGCCCCCCCCAAACCUGAGGCUGGGCCUGAACCGCAGCCUGGUUAAAAGGGGCUGGAGCGAUAGCACAGCAGGUAGCGCGUUUGCCUUGCACAUGGCUGAGCCGGGUUCGAUUCCCAGCAUCCCAUAAGGUCCCCUGAGCACCACCAGGAGUAAUUCGAGUGCAAAGCCAGGAGUAACCCCUGAGCAUCACCAGGUGGGACCCAAAAAGCAAAAAAAAAAAGAAAGGUGUAUGGGGGGUGAAGGCAGAGGUGAAGGGGGGCAGGAUGGGGGCAGCCCCACACCCACACCUUGAUCUCAGACUCGGGUUCCUGAUCUCCAGGAAGGGGGUGGGACACGCUGGUCUUGGUGGCCAGCCUCGGGAGCCUGGUCCCAGGGAGACAGCAGGGGUAUGUGUUGGGGUGUCAGCGAGGACGUCUCUGGGGCCACACCCCCGUUUCCCCCGACUCUGGGUGCCCUGGAAAAGCACCUGAGAUGCCUGUCUCAUUAGACUGGGGGGCCCUGGGGCUCACCCCCCAUCCAGGCUGGUGGUUUACUGGCCAGAGGGGCUGAAGAGGGUGGGGACCCACGGGAGGCCCGGUCUGGCCUUGGGGACACACGGGGCUCACUGCCAGCCCUGCAGAAACAAGCAGAGGGGUUGUUCCGCAUCCAAGACGGGGUGCCUGAGGCUGGGGGACCCUCCCCUAGCACCGUCCCGGGUGGCUGUGCAGGCGCCUUGUGGUCGCAGCUCCCUGGAGAAGCAGGCCGGUCCCACACAAACGCCAAAGGCUUCUCCCCAUGCCCCACUGUCAAUGGAGGGGCCACUCGUACCCCCGCCCCGGCCUCCCCCACGCUGGAAUAAAAGGGUGUGGACAUGGCCCCGUGAGUCUCUGAGUCAUUCCUGGGAACCGUCCGCCGCCAUGGCUACAAUUCUGAGCCCCCACGCCCCCUCGGGGUCAGGCAAACUCAAGACCCAAAAACAUUCCCCAACCCAUAGCCCGCGCCCAUGGGGGGGCAGGGAGCUGGGCUCUGCUUCCCGGGAAAGCUGGGGCCGCUCCUGGCCCGGAGGGGCCCUGCGGGUUGUUCCAGAAGUUCCACCAUGGGGGAGGGGAGAGGCACUCAGGCUGGUUCCCACCACCUGCCCCCAGAACGCCUCUGGGUACCCGAGCUCCCUUUCCCAGCUUCUUAUUCUGGCAUCAUUUUUUCUUGGCGGGGGAGGGACCCACACCUGGUAAUGCUCAGGGCUGACUCCUGGUUCUGCUCCCGGGGGUCACUCCUGGUGGUGCUGAGGGGCCCUGAUGGGUGCCGGGUGCCCCCCUAACCUCACUGGGUUGGCUGCGUGAAAGGCAAGAGCCCUCCCUGAUGUCCUAUCAUUGUGAUGCCUUUAAAAAAAAAUUUUUUUUUUGCCAAAAAAUCCAGCGCACACAAAUCAAGUAUCCGGGAGCAAGGGAUGCCCUGGAGUGACCCCUGCUGGCCA